GCGCACGCGAACGCGAACGCGAUACACGCGAGCGAGUUCGAUCGCGGUGCCGGUAUUUGUGAAAAAAUUCGCGGAAAAGCGAGUGCGUUUGUCGCGCACUUUUACAAUUAGUAUAGUGCAUUAGUAUUGUGCAUUGCACUCGCGGCCCGACGUGGUGCGGCGCGGAUGCGGCGCGAGUCAAAGGGAAAGCUGGUUUCGAAGCGGCGUGGCGCGGUGAGGCGCGGGGCGGCCAUUUUAUGUAUUAGUAUGACGUAGAGGCUGGGUGUAGCUUAGCGCGAGUGUUCUUAUUCUCGGUUGUGCGCGAGGAAAAAACUAACGGUUCGGUGCCUGGUAAGUGUCCGAAUGUUUGAUCAUCGCGAACGCUCAGCUGCGAGUGACGUCAAGUUGCCACUGUCGCCGCAGCGAUCGCUUUCCCGUGGAUAGUCAUCGUGCCGUUUAGCUGUGUGACGCGUGUAACGCGUGUUGUAACGCGCGUGGAGUCCGUCGAGGGUAAGAGCGAAUAGUUUUUUCGGCGAGAGGGGAAAGUGUACGUACAUACGUACAAACGAACGAACGAACGAACGAACGAACGAACGAUCGAACGAUCGAAACAAACUGACGGACGGACGGACGGACGGACGAGAGAACGAGAGAACGAGAGAGCGAAAAGUGAAAGUGCGUCCGUAUCAGCGCCAAGCAGCGCUGAGCGCGUGCGAACAUGAGCGAGGAAAGUAAUCCACGUACGCUGUACGUGGGCAACCUAGACACCUCGGUAUCCGAGGACCUUUUGUGUGCGCUCUUUUCGCAAAUCGGCGCCGUGAAGGGAUGCAAGAUAAUCCGCGAGCCCGGCAACGAUCCGUAUGCCUUCGUCGAAUUUACGAACCACCAGUGCGCGGCCACGGCGCUGGCCGCCAUGAACAAGCGCUCGUUCCUCGACAAGGAGAUGAAGGUUAACUGGGCGACCAGUCCAGGCAAUCAGCCGAAACUCGACACCAGCAACCACCAUCACAUCUUCGUCGGCGAUCUCUCGCCGGAGAUCGAGACGCAGACUCUCAAGGAGGCGUUCGCGCCCUUUGGCGAGAUCAGCAACUGCAGGAUCGUCCGCGACCCGCAGACGCUCAAGAGCAAGGGCUACGCGUUCGUGUCGUUUGUUAAAAAAUCCGAGGCCGAAGCGGCGAUCAACGCGAUGAACGGUCAGUGGCUGGGGUCGCGCAGCAUCAGGACCAACUGGUCCACUAGGAAACCGCCGCCACCGAGGUCUGAGAGGCCGCGGCAUUCCAACAAUAGUAAACCCAACUACGAAGAGGUAUAUAACCAAAGUAGUCCGACCAAUUGUACCGUAUAUUGUGGAGGUUUUACGAAUGGUAUCACGGAUGAGCUGAUAAAGAAAACCUUUUCUCCUUUUGGUACCAUUCAAGACAUAAGAGUAUUCAAAGACAAGGGAUAUGCCUUUAUCAAGUUUACAACUAAGGAAGCUGCGACACAUGCCAUUGAAUCGACGCAUAAUACAGAAAUCAACGGCAGCAUCGUUAAAUGUUUUUGGGGAAAAGAAAAUGGUGAUCCAAACAGUGUGGGUCCUAAUGCGAAUCAUCAAGCUCAACAGGUGACAGCGGGAGCAGGACAAUACGCGUAUGGCUAUGGCCAACAGAUGAGUUAUUGGUAUCCACAGGGCUAUCCGCAGAUGCAGGGACAAUUUUUGCAGCCUGCACAAUAUUACGGUCAAUAUUAUGGGCAACAGGCGCAGUAUAUGAACAGCAUGAGAAUGCCCACUCCAGGCGCAGGAGCCUGGCAACCGACGCAAGCCACCGCAGCACCGCCGACAGCGAGUGCACCCUUGCCUCCGGGCCAACAGCCCACUAUGGUAACAUAUACCAUGCCACAUCAGUACCCUACGCAAUGAAACUGAUCAUUCACCGGCUAAUUGUUACGUACGAUAUAGUUGUCUCGGGGUUAUCGCGAAAAUCGUUUCCGACAUAUACCUAUUUCAACAUUUACAUUCGAGUUCUUUCGAUGAUGUAACUAAUCAUUUCCACGAUUAAUGCGGUUUCAUUUCAGUCGAAUUUUUUAAAUAGAAAAAAAAAGGGAUAUGGUAUGCUGGCGGUUUUUUUCUCUCUCCUUUCUGUGUUUCUGCACACAAUCGAUUUGUUCGAACGUGGCUCAGGACGUUAUUAUAGUUUUCUUUUCGGUCAUGGAAUAUUGAGGCACACCAAGUCUCACGUAAUGACGAUGCUUUGCGAUGAUGCUUGUAUAAUGGCACCAUAGUACCGCUGCGCGUCCUAGUGCUAGAAUUUGGUCGAUCACGGUUUUGGCUUCGAAUAUACAUACAUAUACGACCAGGCGUUGAACCAGGUAUAUCUCCAAACUUUUCCUCGCGGCCCCUCCCCGACACUCAACCGAGCCCCGCAUCCGUUGUGCUGCGCAAGUGACGUACGUAUGCGGCAAUUUUGCGUUGUUAAUACCUUUUUAAUAUUUUUGCCACUGAUAUCUCCGACUCUAACUUCUCCCUCAAUCAAUUUCGGAUUGUCGACGAACAACGCGCGCGACAAAAUGUUCAUUUGAUAUAAAUAAGGAGAGUAUUGCUAAUAUUGGACAUAGUUAGUAAGGUAGAAGAGCGAUUAGCUAGACACGGCGCCUGUGAUGUAGCUAGACUUUUGGACGCGUGUAUGCUAAGGUGUGCGGGGCUCCCUAACAAAUAAAUUCUGCGAGAGUUGAGUAACGAGUUACAACUUUAUCUCGUUGUGUGAUAUUUAUCGUCGGUGGUUAAUGUAUAAAAUUUUGCUAUAAUUCUCUUUAAAGAGGAAUAAUAGAAGGGAGAAAGAGAAAAAGUAUGCGUGUGCAUCCGCAUGUGCGUGUAUGUGUGCGUGCGUGCGUGCGUGCGAGUGUUUUUUUGCUAAAGACAUCAGUGAACCGAGAUUCCCUUGUACGAGUGCAAGCUCAAUUAAUUGCUGCGACGUUGUACGUUAAUUAGUUUUUAGUAUUGGGUCUCUUCUAAUAAAUUUCCAUCAUGUUUUUAGAGUAUCUCAAAAAUUAUAUUCAGAAUGCGAUCCAUUUAACGCUGUAAAAGUUUCAGAAAUCAUUCGUUAAUUCGUAAAAUUCUUCUAAUUGGUCAACAAAUUGCAUUGCAUUGUCAAGUGGAUCACAUUCUUGAAUGUGAAACGAAUAAAAAUCGCGAUGUGCUUGUUUUUAUGUUAUUUUUUUUGUACUAAAUAUCCGCCGUGGUUUUGGAAAAGAAACAGAAUAAAUAUAGGGAUUGAUCGCAUCGCUAAAAAUGAGUAUAGUUGGAGAUCCGAAGAGAUAUCGGUAUUAACGUACUCCGUCGUAUAUCAUAAUGUUAAUAACUCCUCGCCGUUUGUAUAGACGACCUAGCCGACCGAAGAAUAAUAAAUAAAUAAAUAAAUAAAUGUAAUUUAAGUCUAACGAUAAUAAUAACGAUAAACGCACGCAUACUUCCAUCGGGAUAUUUCUCAGCAAGGGACGAGUCAUUGAUAUCUUGGUCUCGGGAUUAAGACACGCGUAUGAAAAUUGAAAACGUACAUAUGCAUAUUUGUUACUUGUUAUGCGAACGUCGCUAAUUGGUAUCUUGUUUUCGUAACAUAGCAUGAAACGAUUCGAUUGACAAUCAAAUCGUGAUAUAAUAUACAUACAUUUGUGAAUUAUUAUUAUCGUAGUCUAUACAUGACACGAUUCGAUUCCUUCGUGUCUUCCAAGUUAACGUGUAACUCAAGUUUUUUUUUCGCGUAUUACUAUUGACGAUAGUUUUUUUUGUUCUCUCCGGUGUUCUCGUUAGGGCUCGGGUGACUAGUCUCUCAGGCUUUACCUAUUCCGGAAGAAACUUUACUAUACGUUGUGUAUUUAUAUACGCGACAUAUCAAUAUGAAUCGAGAAUUUUACUGUGAAAAUAUC